UAACAAUCAUAUAUGAUUUGAUAAACAUACACAUGCAAAUCCACUGUUCCUAUACCCUCUAUCCCCCCAGUUUUUGUGUACUUGUUACAAGUUAUACCUUUGUACAUUGUAUUAUAAAACCAUCUAUUUAUCAUUACUUUUUAUGCAUUUACAUUUUAUCACCUGUAGGAAGUGAGAAGUGGAAUUACAUACCAAAAAUUACAAUUCAAUAAUACUGGCAUUUAUAAUUACCCAUAUGGUUACCUUUACCAGAGAUCUUUAUUUCUUUUUGAUGUUUUGAUCCACUACCUAGUGUUCUUUCCUUCAAGUCUUAAGAAUUCCCAUUAGCCUUGCUUGUAAGAUAGGUCUUGUGUGGUGAUGAAUGUAAGCAUCACUCUAUAGCACCUCUCUGAGCAAAUAAUUCCCUCCUGUUCUAUUUUAUGAUGUUCAUAAUUUCUUAUAAUUGAUAUUCUUAAACCAUUGAAAUUGUCACUCUGAAUCUUAAACACAAAAAAAUGCAUAAUGAGAAAUUCAGGUUAGUAUUGCUUAGUUAACGAGCCUGUUUCCUUCUCUGGUGCUUUUUGGGUGGGUUUGUUUUGUUAAAUCUGGUUAGAUAUCAUUCCCAGGGAGCUUUAUUUUUUUUCCCUGCUGAUGCUUUGCAACCCUGGUACUAUUACCAGUGACUGACUCUUAGUUCUCUGAGCUUAUCAAAGUCCCAAGUUAUAAUUGCCACCAUCUUACCCACAGGCUUUGGGAGCUCACGGUGAGGGGAGGACAAACUCAAAGACCCGUGGUGGCUGAAUGGGCAUGGAAGCCUGCACACAUCGUGUGGGUGGUGGGGACUGGAUGACAUCUAGGGGGGCAUGAUCUGGGUAGGGGGACAGCUGGCUCCCCAGCUCCAGCUGAUUGUCAUGUCACUUGGGAAUGUCAGUUCAUGUAGCCAGUCUUUUUGUUUUUUAAAGAGAAGCUAGAAAUCUAGAUUUCUCUGUGAAAUCCAAAUGUGUUCAGCUUUAUUAAAUGUCCUGUUAAACCAAAUAAAAUGUUAGCUGAUGCCGUGGCCUAAAAAUAAUCAGAAGCAUCUGGGCCUAAUGCUCUCAGGCUUGGCAGAGGGCUGUGGGAUUUCUUACCUUGGAGUUUUGCAGGUGGCCCACUUAAGGUUACGAGGAAAUGCGUAGCAGACAACUUAGAAUUUCAAAUCAUCCCAUCUUCUCUUGUUCCUUUCUUCCAUUUGGCUAAUCUGAGAAUGGAUACCAUUGCCCACCUCUCUUUUAGAAGCUACCUUCUUGCUUUAAAUAUAUAAUAUGCAUAAUUUCAGCUUUAAAAUCACCAUCAUUUUCUUGAGGAGUUUAACCUAAUUAUUCCUAUGGAUUGAGUGCUAUUGGUGAGAUAGUUCACAACAGAUAUAUUCUCAGCUUGGCAUCUUCCAAACCUUUGUUUCUUGGCCCUGACUCAUUCCUCCAGUAGAAUUGGCAUUUUUGCUUGGGCUUCAGGAAUCUGAUCGUGCAACAAGCUUCAGAUAAUCUCUGUAAGGGAGAUGAGGAGUGGUUGCUCUUGUGUAAUCCCAUUUUAGUGUCAGAAUCUGUUGCCAAAUACUGAUAGGGAAGCUGGUUCCAGAUGAUUGUCCUAAAAGCUUUCCCAGCACUUGUGGUUUCUGAGACCCAGGAGGCAGAGCAACCUGACAAAUGUGUGGAAAAGAUGCAGGAGCUGUCAGCCCUUGUGAGAUGAGGCAGUCCAGCAUACUGACUAUCAGUAUACACAGGACCUGGUCCGGCCUGCUGAUCAUGCUGGCUUAUCUCUGCCCUAGAGGUUCUUCAUGUGGAAUUUCAACACACGUAGAAAUAGGACACAGAGCUCUGGAGUACCUCAGACUUCAAGAUGGGAGUGUUAACUAUAAAGAGCUCUUACUUGAACACCAAGAUGCAUAUCAGGCUGGAUCCGUGUUUCCUGAUUGUUUUUACCCCGACAUCUGCAAAGGAGGAAAAUUCCAUGAUGUGUCUGAGAGCACACACUGGACUCCAUUUCUGAAUGCAAGCGUUCAUUACAUCCGGGAGAACUAUCCCCUUCCCUGGGAGAAGGACACAGAGAAAUUGGUAGCUUUCCUGUUUGGAAUUACCUCUCACAUGGUGGCAGAUGUCAGCUGGCACAGCCUGGGUAUCGAACAGGGAUUCCUUAGGACAAUGGGAGCUAUUGAUUUUCACGGCUCCUAUUCUGAGGCUCAUUCAGCUGGUGAUUUUGGAGGAGAUGUUUUGAGCCAGUUUGAGUUCAAUUUUAAUUAUCUCGCACGGCGCUGGUAUGUGCCCGUCAAAGAUCUAUUGGGAAUUUAUAAGAAACUCUAUGGUCGAGAAGUCAUCACCAAAAAUGUAAUUGUUGACUGUUCGUAUCUUCAGUUCUUGGAAAUGUAUGGUGAGCUGUUAGCUGUUUCCAAGCUUUAUCCCACUUACUCUACAAAGUCCCCGUUUUUGGUGGAACAAUUCCAGGAGUAUUUCCUUGGAGGACUGGAUGAUAUGGCAUUUUGGUCCACUAAGAUUUACCAUCUAACAAGCUUCAUGUUAGAGAAUGGGACCAGUGACUGCAACCUACCUGAGAACCCUCUGUUCAUAGCAUGUGGAGGCCAGCAAAACAAUAACCAUGGCAGCUCAAAAGUGCAGAAAAAUGAUCUUCAUAGAAAUUCAACUGCAUUUCUAACUGAAGACAUUGAAAGAAAUAUAAACUAUACAGAGAGAGGAGUGUUCUUUAGUGUGGAUUCCUGGACCCAAGAUUCCUUAUCAUUUGUGUACCAGGCUUUUGAACGGAACAUAUGGACAGUGUUUACAGGCAGCUCCCAGCAGUCACUAAAGCAUGUCUCCAGCCCCUCAUCAUCUUACUUCCUGUCAUUUCCCUAUGCAAGACUUGGCUGGGCAAUGACCUCAGCAGACCUGAACCAGGAUGGCUACGGUGAUCUUGUGGUGGGUGCACCGGGCUAUAGUCGCCUGGGCCGCAUUCAGAUCGGCCGCGUGUACCUCCUUUAUGGCAACGACCUGGGCCUGCCCCCUGUUGACUUGGACUUGGACAAGGAGGCUCACAGGAUCCUGGAGGGCUUCCAGCCCUCAGGUCGGUUUGGUUCUGCCGUGGCUGUCUUGGACUUUAACAAGGAUGGCGUGCCGGACCUGGCCGUGGGAGCCCCCUCAGUGGGCUCCGAGCAGCUCACGUAUAGGGGUGAGGUGUACAUCUACUUUGGUUCUAAAGAAGGAAGAAUGCCGUCUUCCCCUAAUAUCACCAUUUCUUGCCAGGACAUCUACUGUAACCUGGGCUGGGCACUCUUGGCCACAGACAUGAAUGGAGACCGUGAGCCCGACCUGGUGAUUGGCUCCCCUUUUGCACCAGGUGGAGGGAAGCAGAGGGGAAUUGUGGCUGCAUUUUAUUCUGCCACCAGCCAGAACGAUAAAGAAAAGCUGAACGUGGAGGCAGCCGACUGGCUGGUGAGAGGUGAGGAGGACUUCGCCUGGUUUGGAUACUCCCUGCACGGCGUCAGCAUGAACAGCAGAACUUUGCUGUUGGUUGGAAGCCCGACCUGGAAGAACGCCGGCAGGCUGGGCCAUUUAUCCCACAGAAGUGAUGAGAAGCUAAGCCUCGGAAGGGUGUAUGGCUAUUUCCCGCCAAAUUGUCAAAGCUGGUUUACCAUUUCUGGAGACAAGGCAAUGGGGAAACUGGGUACUUCCCUGUCAAGUGGCCAGGUGAUGGUGGAUGGGACCCUCACACAGGUGCUGCUGGUUGGGGCCCCGACUCAUGAUGACGUGUCUAAAAUGGCAUUCCUGACUAUGACCUUGCACCAGGGUGGAACCACUCGGAUGUAUAAACUAACACAUGAUGCACAGCCCUCUCUGCUCAGCACCUUCAGUGGAGACCGCCGCUUCUCUCGAUUUGGCAGAGUUCUGCACUUGAGUGAUCUGGAUAACGAUGGCUUAGAUGAAAUCAUCAUGUCAGCCCCACUGAGGAUAGCAGAUAUAACCUCUGGACUGAUUGGUGGGGAAGAUGGCCGCGUUUAUGUAUAUAAUGGCAAACACACUACCCUUGGCGACAUGACAGGCAAAUGCAAAUCAUGGAUAACUCCAUGUCCAGAAGAAAAGGCCCAGUAUGUGUUGAUUUCUCCUGAAGCAAGCUCAAGGUUUGGGAGUGCUAUGGUAACUGUGAGGUCAAAGGAAAAGAAUGAAGUUGUCAUUGCUGCUGAAAGGAGUUCUAUGGGAGCCCGACUCUCUGGGGCGCUUCACAUCUAUAGCCUUGGCUCAGAUUAAAGAUAUCACUCUGUUUUCCUAAUCUGCCCCUCCCUCUCUCAUGCUUAGUGCUCCAGAGUGAGAGUUCUGUUGGACAGUGUGGCACAUCCAGAAGAGCCACCUUAGGUCCUAAUAGAGGUGGGGUCCCUGGGGGAUGGAGACACAACAGUAAUGGCCAGACUGCCUGGAAAUCUGAUAUAGUAACUUAUGACUACAUCAGAAGUAUGUGACAUAGCCAAAACUCUGGUUAUUCAUGUCCUCUUCCAAAACUUACUUCUUUGUUCCCUUUGCAUCUAAACCUUUGUUCUUUCCUCCCCUAACUAGCUUAUUAUCUGUGCUAAGACCUGUUGUACAGCCUGUUUCUUAUUCCACACAAAUACCUAUCCUGUCCUUCCCAAGCCUGCAAAGGCUCUCUCUGUGGUUACCCCUUAGGAAGACAUUUUUAGGAGGAAUUGUGUACAGAGAUUUUCCUUUCAUUGAUGUCCUGUUCCAAUCAAAGUAUAAUAGAAAUCAAAUUAUAUAGAAAAAAUGGGGGGGGGAACAGUAAGUGGGGAGAAAGUAUGCAGCGAAGGAGAAUCUCACAAUUCCAAAUCACUUAUUGUAAAUGCCUUUUCUUAAUGAGGAUUAUUGUAUUUUCAAUUAUAUACAGUGAAGGAUAAAUAUAAAAAUCUUUCAACUUUCUGUGCCCUCAAAUGAUUUUGCAGAGAUGGCUGUUCGAAAAGAACAACAACCUAAUGACUCUCCACUAGUUUUAAGUCAUCCCAAGAGGGGCCUUCAUUGCCUUGGGUUGCCACAAGUUGUGCCAACAGGAGGAUGAGAACAGAAAGGGAGAUCUGGCAUGACCCGAAGGCUGCUGACUGGUAAGAGACCAAGAGGAGUGAAGCAGGCCCUGGCUUCGCUUGCCCUGGGCUGUUUUCAGUAGGUGGAGUUCAUCUGCCAGUCUGGCAAUGUAGCACAUUUAAGGGUAAGGAAUGGACCACAGGGUUCAGCUAACUAACACUGUACAUUAGCAGAGCAAAAACUCUGAAGGCAUUAUUAUCUGUAAACAUCAGAAAGUGAGUUACAAAAUGAUACAAGAUCAACUAGUAUUUCUGCAUCAACCUUUUUCUUCUGACACUAGUGAAAUGAGAAAAAAGCAGGAAAAGUAACAAAUGACAAGAGCCCUUUUCUUCCCUUGUCAGGUUCUCUAGAGGCAGAGGGAAGACUGGUGAGAGAGACAAGAAAAGCAACUCAGAUGAAGGGUUGAAAGUUAAAUCAGAAAUUAAGAAAAAGCUACUGGGGUGAAAUUGUUAGCAUAUGGUGGAUACACAUAGGAAAACACCAUGAAUAAGUGCAGAUCAGAGAGCAUCUUGUUCUUUUAAAAAGAGCUGUGCUAGCUGCAUGGUUCCCCUAUGGCACAUCAAAAAAGGCCAUAAAAACCCCAUUUGGUUAACAAUUAUUGGCAGCUCAACCUAUUAGAAUUAUUUUUAAUUAAAGGAAAUUUAUUUUUAGGGGAACAGAAAUUACUUAAUUAUAUUCACAUAAAAAGUGAGAAGUCUAUGAGUGUAAACACACUCGAAUGUCAUCGACCUUGCAUCUCAGCAAAGGCCUGUCUCUCUCAGAUGCUGGUUCUUCCCAGCAGAAGGAUGCAUACCUUCAUACUAUGUGAUUAUGCAUCAACAAAUGACAGGGUCGACAUUUAAACGUGAUCUUUAUUUACCUGGGGAUUUAUGUUUCUCAUUUAAUAUACCUGUAACUAUUAAACAGCAAGAACCACGUGGAAUAGGUCGAAACCUAUAAGGCUGGAAGCAAAUUUCCAAGCUUAUAGGAUAUUUAACCAUACCAACCCCAUAGGCAAAAAAUGAUUUAAAGUAUACUUCUGCUGUUGAAGGCCAACUGUAUGGUAACUAUGUAAAACCUAACAUAUAGAAAAAAACUAAAUCUAUGACAUUUGAAUAUAAGUAGAUUAAAUUUUCAUUCCACUAAAGUCAGUGUUAGCACUGACUCUGAAAUGCUUAAUAAUUAUAAUGGAAUCCUCUAUAGGGUUAUGAUUUCUCAUUAAUACAAAAUUGAACAUGUACAAUACUAGUAAAUCAGAACUAUAUUUCAAGAGAUCCACAGACAUUUUAUAUAUUUGCAGUUUUUGUCUCUAAUAUCUAGAUAUAUAAUAUUUUCAAGGCUUUAUGCCAUUUGUAUCACAGAUCUAAGAGACUAAACGUCUACAGUGAACUUGGGAAUAGAACUCGGUCUCCAGAUACCCUAUACCAUACAUUGUUAGACCAUCUUUGUAGUUUAAGUAAUGAAAAUAAAUCCUAAAUUCAAAAUGUGAGUUUAAUAUUGCAAUUCCAGAAAAUGAAACUGUCUACAAUUCUUGGGAAUAACUCACCAAAAUAAGUAGCUUUUUAAUAUGAAAUGGUUUAAGUGGUUAUUACAACCUAAUUUUACUAGAAUAAUGCAAACAUGAAUGAUAUCUUAAAAUGACAUCUAUUCUGCCACAUUUUCUUAGAAGAAAAAGACAGUCUGUUACGAGUAUCACAACUGGGGCUUGUACAUGUGAAAUGAAAUACAACUGCUUGCUUACUCAUAUCACUGAGUGUUUGAAAUUCUGUCACCUUACUUUCAAAUAGUAGUUAAUGUGCUAGAUUAUUUUAAUUCCACAUUUAAAACUAUUAAGUUUCAUAUUCUUUGGCAUAGACUCUGUUGUAUUAACUCUCCCUUAAAUAAUAAAAGAAGCAUCUUGCAGUUACCAAAGCAGAGUUAGCUGACAUUUGAAAUCAUACUUGAUCUAAAAAUACUUCCAAGAAUUUUAUAAACCAUUAGUAACUUCCCUUAUUAGACUUAUGAGGUAGUUAUGUUAUACCUUUUACUGAUAGGCUAUGACAAACUCACUAACUCAGUAACACUACAAGGAAAAAUUACCAAAUUCUGUUCUAUUCCUGAUCUUAGUCAAAUCAAAUUUUGCCCUCUGCUGCCAAAGUCUUCAUAACUCAGUUAUGUUAUCUCUAAAACAGGUAAUAAAUAUUACUUAACAGAAUUAGCAGUAGAGGGCUCUGAGGUAUGCCAAAGAAGAGUGUGCUGUGAAAUCAAAAUGUAAUUUUAUCAAGAUGUCCAUGAAAACCACUGAACUCUUAAAAUGCUACAGAGGGCUGUAUAUUUACUCUCCACCAACCACACCACAGAGCAGGCAUGUUCUAGGCCCAUGGUGAGGUGCAGAGUGGGCCACUCGGUGCUCCAAGAUGAGCCAGUGUGUCUCGUGCCCUUCUAUCCUCAGCUCCUUCUAAUGGCUUCUCAUCACAACUCACAGGAGUGGGGAGACCUUACUUGUAACUUCAUCUGUUUCCUUUCAAAUCAGCUACUGGAGUAGUAGUUUUGUUCACCAAAUCCCCUAGUAAAUGGACCUCUCAACUUCCUCAUAUGACAUAUUAGGGUAUCCUCAACAUCAUCAGGCUAGGUGUAUUUAUUUUGCUGUUACAACUGCAUUUGCAGUACAGGAGCUGCUCUGGAUUCUUAAGGACAUUAUAGAAUAUUCCAUACAUGCUACUUUUGGAGGAAAGUUUAACUGUAAUAGUCAACUGCAUAAGUGUACUUAAAGUCCAGAAAAUAUAAAAAAAGGCAAGAUUGAAAGUCCAAAUCUCUUAUUGUGAUAACUAAAUGUUAUCACAAUUCUAAAAUGUAACUGCCCUUUUGCUUUAGGAAGCCCAUCUGUCAAAUUUGGGGUGUAGGCAACAUAGAUUGGCUGGGCUACAUAAAUACUCCUUUUUGGGAGUAGGGUAGCACAUCUAUAUAUAUGCUCUUAAAAACCAGGCAAUGAACAAUGCAGCUAUAAAAUAGUAACAGAAUGGAAGCAUUUGCUUUCUACUGUACUUCAAAGGCUUUAAUUAUAGCCAAGCAAAAGAAACACAGUUUCAGGGGGUCCAGAAUUACAGCAAAAUCUCCUUAACUGGAACCCAAAUAAUGCUGAUAUUAAAUUGACAUUUCCUUAUCUUUAUUUGCCUUAUAAAAAAGAGGCAAAUACAAGAAAAUAAUAUGUCAAUGCUUAAUUUUAAAGCACAAACUUCAAGUUUGUUUUAAGGUUAAUACAUAUUCUGCUAGCUUUCAUUCACCUGAAAAUUAGGAAAUUAACAUGAACAUGAUAUGCCCGUACUGACUACAAACUAUGGCUACCUGAUAUCCUAACUGUGGGUUCAUCAAGUUUAUAGGCUUCAUUUGGCAUUAAAAUUAUACUUUAAUAUGUAUAAAUUAAAUAAAAAUAGUCUGUUCUUGUGUUAUAUUAAUCUCUGCAUGAUUCAUGCCAUGUCUUAUAAAAACAGUUCUUCUAAGUUUGCAGGAAAUAAAAUUUUUUCCCUUUUUAAAGCAAGUACUUUGCUUCUUUACUCAGAAUUCUGAAUAUCCAAGUAAGUUCUAGUACUGUACCUGCCAUAAUGUGUUUUUACCAUCAGACAUUGUAAUUUAAAUAUCACAGAUUCCCACCCCCCCCCCAAGUCUCUGAUUCUAUAAAAGCAUAUCAGAAGUCUCCUGUGAGUACAAUAACAAAAUAUGCAGUCCCCACCAGGUGUUCCUAACGGUUUGUUAGGAUACUACUGCUUGAUCCAAGUCCAUCUUGCCUGAGGCUGCUUUUCAUUUCCAUCCUUCUGUCUGCCUGAAGGGUCUUUUUAGGUAGAGAGGCCAUCUAAAUAAAGGAGAAAAUUUAUUUUUGGUUUUUGAUUUUCUUAAAAGAAAAGUCACUAGCAGCAUGACAUAUUAUGUGAUUACUAAACAAGGAGAGGGCUGCCUACCAUGGUAUGCAUAUAUCAAAAUAUCAGCAUCUCAAGCACUUUUCCAUUGGUAUGAUCUUCAAGGAUAAAGAGAAAAAAGAAGGUACACUUUCUGUAUCUUUUUUUAACAAGAACACACAUUUUCUACACUUCAGUUUUGGUUCUGAUAAAAUAGUAAUAUCUGAUAAAAUCACAGCAAUAAUUGAUUCAUACAAGAAUUACUAACAGCUGUCUACAUGUCUAAUGCCUGUCAUGGUGUUCUACACAAAAUAUAUUUCCAUCUUAUUGUGCCAAGCACUGUGCUAAGUGCUUUACACAUAUUAUCCCAUUUAAUUCUCCCAAUCCUAUGAAGCAGUGGUUAGGUCUUAACUGACAGAUGAGGAAACUGAGGGAGGCCUAGAGAAAUUAAAUAACUUGUGCAGGGUCACAAAGUCUGUGAUCCCUUAAAUACAGGCUGACUGCAGAGCUCAUGACUGUAGCCCCUCUGCUAUACCACCAUGAACCACACCCUUCAUACCAUGGGAGGCAAAGGAGCUUCUAGCUGUCGUCCAAGGAAUGAAAGCAAACGCCUCCAUAUUAGGCCACUUCCCAUAAACAUAAUUCCGGUCACUAGCCAAAACACUCUAUGGUCCUAAAAUAAAACAACACAGUUUAAUUUCAAGCACAAAAGGAUAGGUUCCAUAGAGAGAGCAUUUCCUGAACUAUUACUGCCCCAGAGUUUAAAAGAAGUCUUUUAUUACUUACACAGGUCUCUCCUAUAGAAAAGAAGUAAAAACAAAUGUCUUGACAGCACCCAGAGACCAAGAAUCAUAAAAUUAAUUAGAAGGGAAAUGUGAUUUAACAGUUUAAAUAUAUUUUAAUAAUCUGUGAGUCUAUGACUCAAACAUUACUGCCUUUUUUUGUUUCUUUCUGAUCUUUGUUUACAUGCAUACAAAUUUUAAUAGUCAUAAUCCUAGAAGACACACAACUUACUUCCAUUUUUCUGCUUAUAGCUGCAGUUCUCCAACUGUAAGCUGAGCAUGGUGCCCUGGGCAUUGCAGCACCCCAGAAUAUUUAAAAUUUUCAAAGGAAACGAGCAACAUUUGUGGGACACUGUAAGAACUACUGUUAUUAAGCUGUUUGGACCCAAUUAUCUCAUAAAAGUAAUUGCUAGGUAUUUCUUUUGGCCUAGGGAUGCUAUGAAAAAAUUACUAUUACAGUAAGGACAUUGUGAACCAAUAAAGUUUGAGAACUUCUUACUUAUAGUAAACUUUUGACCUAUCAUUUUUUAAGCUGUGAUAUAUUUGCAGUACAACAUUUUUAGUUAAUGUAUUAAUUUAAUCUCCCACAGGAAGGAAAUCCCAUCAUAAGCCUUUGCUUGGUUAGUUCCAAUAACUGAGAGCUUAUUUCCCCCUACAGCCUGUUACACAACUGACCAGCCAUUAAUGUUGGAAAUUUGUUUCAUAUUUGAGCAGCAAUCUGCCUCCUUUUAAACAUGAAGUUUGAUGUUAGGGAGGGGAAAGUUAAGUCAGAGGCAAUGAGUUCAAAAUUCCAUUAUAAACACACAGCACAGUAUGAAGGCCUUUAGGAGAACAAAGAAAGGGACAGGUGUCUGUUAGAGGUUUAGUGUUCCCUCUGCCUUGGCUGUGCCUGCAAAAUUGAGGGGCUGUUCCUCCUUGCCUGGUGUUUUAAGGCUUCCACUUUUCAAACUCAAUGCCCUUUAUCACCUCCACUAUUUACCCCAUUCACACCAUUUAGAAAUAGUUUGUCUUGCCUUGAAUAUCUUGAUGUGCCAGAAGCUAAGAAAGCACUACAAACUGAUAAGGAUAUGUCAAAUGUACUUAAGAGCCAGCAUGAAAGGGAAAAAAGUACUCAGAAGCCAAGUAUCAAAAUAGUAUUUAGUAACAGAUUAUAACUCUAUUCUGAUUAAAAUAAGAAUCCAGGAAUCCAUACUGAAAGAAAUGAAGUGGGAGAAAAGGGAAAGCUAUUCUUUACAAUACAAGGCCAACUAAAAAAACAUGGAAUGAAUGAUGGAAUUAGAAAAUCACCAUUUGGCAACCCUCAUAGUAAUAACUGAUUCAGGCAAGAAUCAUCCAUGGAUGCUGAAACUAUUGACACCAUGUAUUCCUGAUGGAUGCGAUGUAAAGAACAUGCUGACACAAAACCAGAGCCUAAUAUUGAGAAAACAUUAUCAAGGGUCAAAGAACUAGCCUGUUUUCUUCGUAAAUGUCAAGGUCAUGAAAGCCCAAGUAUGAAGAACUGUUCCAGAUUAAAUAAGGAGACUAAGGAGACAUGACGACUAUAUGCACAAGGGACCCAAGAUUUUCUUUGCGAUAAAGAGCAUUACUGAGACAACUGGCAAAAUCUGAUAGGGUCUAUAGGCUGGAAAACAGUAUUGUUUCAAUGUUAAUUUCCUAAUUUCCAACAAUUUUGCCAUGGUUAUGGAAGAGAAUGUCCAUAUUUUUAGGAAAUACAUACUGAAUGUUUACAGGUAAAGGAGUAUCACACCUGCUGCAUACUCUGAAAUAAAACAGAAGUAUGUAUAUAAAGAUAGACUGAUAAAGCAAAUGUGUGAUAAUAUGUUGAUGUUUGGAGAAGCUGGGUGAAUGUAUACGGGAAUUCUUUGACUAGUCUUGGAACUUUUCUAUAAACUUGAAAUUAUCUUAAAAUAAACAGUAAAAAAUAAGUUUUUCCUACCGUAGACUCACCAUUGUAAACAUCAGCCCUAACUAUAUAGGAGGAGAGACCUUUGGCUUCAUGGAUUUAAUGAAUAGGAAACCCAACGAUGUGUAAUUUGUACCUCUGUUAAGGCACUGAUCUGACAUCUUAUUCGGUGGGAGCCGGUGACCCAACUAUUGAGCAAACUCAGCUCACUUAUCUACUACUCUCAUCUCAUGGCAGAUUAUCUAUACCUAUGAUUACAUACAAUGAAACUAUCAGAAGAGAAGUUCAAAAAAUCUUCCUUUUAAAAACAGGCAUUAAGUGAGAGAAAAAUGUAAGAAUGAGUAUAAAGUGGAUAUAGCUUGUAGAAAUGAGCAUAUGUAUUUAAACGUUUCCUAACAAAAAUGAUUCGGGAGAAAGGAGAAACCUGUACAAAAAGUUUGGUAGUCACAAAGUGGAGAAUUUGCAAAGGUUUUUGGAUAUUGGUCUGUUACCUAAGAUAAUUCAGGUUACUUCUGAACUUUCUACUACUCUCGAUUUGGACUCAAAAACCUCCAAUAGAUUCCUUUCAUACUUAUAAUAAAUCCAAACCCCUUACUACAAUCUACAUACAUAAUCUCAUACUUGUCUGCCUUUCUGACCUCAUUUCCUACCACUCACCCCCUAACUACCCUCUUUUUUAACCACUCUGGCCUUCUUGGGUUUCCCUAAACAUGCUCACUCACUGUGCCUCAGAGGCUUUGCAUUUGUGGUUCCUUCUGCUUAGAGGGAUUCCCAAAUCUUCCCAUUUGCCCUUUCCAUUCAGGUUUCUGCUCAAAUGUCACCUCCUCAGAGAGAUCUUCCUUAACUACCCUAUCUCUAAAAUGUCACUCAUCCCACCACCUCCUACAUUUCUUUAUCUCCUUACCUGGCUUUAUUUUUCUCUGUGGCACUUAUCACCCAACAUACUAUAUAUCUGUUUAUCAUAUCUCUCCUCUACUAUAAUGUGACCUCUACAAGGACAGGGACUCAGGGCUAUGACCCCAGGGCCUAGAACAGUGCACAGUAUAUAGUAGGCACUAAAUAAGACACUUGAGAGAUGAAUGAACAAAUAUACUGCAGUUAUUUUCCAUUUACAUUUUACCAUGAGGAACAUUAAAAAUGUUGAAUAUCUACCUUGCCUCAGGGACUUUAUGAACAGAUAACUGGAAAACUGAAGAACGUGGGAUUAUUUGGGCAUGUAUAGCCAGGAGAGUACUUUUUCUUGGCUAGGCUGAGGGUACAAUCAGUGAUGACUUUCCUUGGAAGAGACACACAAAAUGAAACCUGACAGGUAAGUAGGAGGAGUGAGCUAGGCACAAAAAAGACAGGAACUGAGGGAAGAGGUGUGGAGGCAGCACGGAUGAAAAGGAACACUGAUGGAGCAACCGACAAUGAGGGGAAGAGUAGCUGGAGACAAGACGGAGAUGGAGGCAGCACCAGACCACGGAAAGACCUACAGCAAAAGAAUGCGAAUUUUUGUCUUAAGGGAAAUUGAAAGCCACUGAAUAGUUUUAUGCAGAAGACUGACACAUUCAGAUUUGCAACUUUUAAAGACUACUCUUUAAAAGUAUACAGUGUUGCUGAUAAAAGACAAUAAUGAGUUGGACUAGGGUAUCAGGUAGAGUCAGAGAAUAGACCUGUUAGAUUAUCAGUACAUGGAAUCUAGCACCAGAAUGUGCCAAAAUAUCAAAUCUAUUUUCACAGAUGGAGUCAUUUAUAUUAACAUUGUUUCACAGAGGAAAACUGUUAUAUCAAACCCUUCUCACAUGUAGUUAUGUUUUGGGAAACAUAAAGUAACCUAGGCUAUAUUUAUAUCUAUGCUAUAACAGGGUACAACCAUACUGCCUCAAUUUUCAGCAAGUUACAAUAUCUGUUUUAUUUUACCAAGGGUUUUUAGAAUCCAUUAACAAUUUGAUCUUCAAAACAUUAAAAAAAAAAAAACCCUAAUCACUUAAUACAGUCUUACCUCUUCAAGAGAAGACUCUAAAUUCAUUCCAAAAGCAACUCCCAAUAGUCCAAAGAGUGAAACAGAGAAGGUUCCCAUGGUCAACUGUAGGUUCAGCCGCAUCAUCACAUUACGGUGGCUGGAGAGGAGAGCAUCUAUUCAGAUCAGAAUGGCCUACUGACUAUAGACAGCAAAUUCCUAACCUAUUAAAGACCACAUGGAUCAAACCCACACCACUUUAAAAAAAAAAAAGAUAUUUCCAUGUAGUGAUUGUUUAAAGAUGAUGAUAAUGUAAUUCCUACCAAAAUGAGUUCCUUUAAGGCUUUAUUACUUUAUAAUAAUUAUCUUAUAAAGAAAACACUAAUUGUUUUAUAUAAUGCUUUCUUACCUGUCCAGAUUGAUGAAAAUAAUACUUUGUGAAUCAUCAAUCAGUACCCGGAGUUCUCGAGCGGCAUUAGAAAGAUCAUCAGCUAAUCGGUAAUAGUUUUCCAAAAGCAACUCCAUCUCUUCUGCAUGGUCAAUUCCAGUACUGCUCUUCUCACUUCAAGUAAAACAGUUAACAUAAUUAACAUGCCUCCAAUAUGUGCAUCAUAUAUUUAGUCCCAAAAGACUUCCUGAAUUAGUAUAUAAUAUUCAGCCACCAGUGAAAAAUCUAGCCUUUGUCUUUUAAAUUGUUGUGACUGAGGUCAAUCCACGAGUGGCUAUAUCAACUGAUCCUAAACACUAUCCAGAUGAGCUGAAGGCACAGGUUCCAUCCCCAGUUAGGCUAGUUAGCGUCACUCUAUUCCAUGACCCCAAUCCAAAGAGUUUCAUGCAAAUAUAUGACAUCAAUUACAGGAAAAUCCAGAUGCAUGAAUGCAAUGAAUAAAUGCAAAUUCAAAAUCACUAUAAGGUAAAACUAAAGCAAAAGCUAAAAAUGUACAUAAAAAACAUUUCCUUUCCAAAGUGUAUAUAUGUCAUUUUCAUAUAUGAAGAAAAAUGUUCUUGAAUGAUGUCAAUAGUUAUUUUGCUCCCCCUUACUUACACCCCUCCCCCACCAAGGAGGAGGAGAAAAGGGAAUAAAGUACUCUGUAAAAAAUACUUAUAUCACAAAGCAUGUUGAAGAGACACUGUCCUAAGCAAAACAAUCCAAAGUUAGAGUAUGUUCAUGUUCCUGCUACAUCUAUCUACUAUACUGUCAAAAGUUACAUAGCCCUUUUUAUCUUAAUAUUUUCUUAUUAGAACACACUCAAUUUCACAAAAUGCUUAAAAAAUCUGUACAGGCUAUAGAAACUAUACACAUUAAAAAGAUAUCUGAUUUCUAAUACCAAAAUAUUUUGGUAUUUAUAAAAUAACACAAGUAUGCAGAAUUAAGAACAGUGAAUGAUUUCUUAUUUCGUAAGAGAUAAAAGGUUAUAAGAGGAAUACUGUUAUAUUAAACCAAACUUAGAGAAUUUAUGUUGAUAUCCUACUCUUUUCCCUUUCCCUGCUCUCCACCCCCUCCUUCUCACCAUUUUUUUCCCCUCAUGUGAAUUUCUCUUCUAUUGUUCUCCCUAAGUUAUUUGGGUAAAUGUGUGUGCCAAUUUAGUGGUCAACUCCUUGAAGAUAAACCUAAUUGUGUGUCUAUCUUUAUAUUCACCAGAACCCAAGCACAGUGUUAAGUACACAAUAUAUACUCCAUAUAACCUAAUUAAAUUGAAUUAGGAAAAAGUGAAAUAAUUGGGGUUGAGAAGUACUGAUAUUCUAUAUUCGAGAAAAAAUGUUAUAUUCUCUUUGGCAAAAUCAUCCCUAAGAAAAACAAUAAUAAAGCACAGUUGUUUACUUACAA